AUGGAGACUACUUUCAAAAUCUAUGGACAGUCGGCUCUGGAUAUUACCUCUAGUGUCAGCGAGUUAAUAGAGAAUGGCAGGUGGAAGGAAAAUCUAAUCCAGAGAAGCUUCCUCUCUAAGGAUGUUGAGUACAUUCAAAGCAUUCCCCUCCCUCAGUCAAAUUUGCUAGAUAAGCUGAGAUGGCAUUACGAUAAGAAAGGGGAAUAUUCAGCGAGAAGUGGGUACAGGCUAGCAGUGAGGUUAAGAGAUGCAACAAUAAGGCCUGAUAAUGCUCAUAAAAUGAGAUGGUGGAAAUACAUGUGGAACCUUGAUAUGCCUCCUAAAAUUAAAAUUUUUAUGUGGAGAACUUUUCAUAAUUUAUUGCCUGUCAAAAUUAAUAUGAAGAUUAGAGGUCUCUCGAUUGACACUAACUGCCCAAUUUGUAACGAAGGGUAUGAGACUAGCAUGCACUCACUUUGGUCUUGUCCUAAUGCAAAAAAUGUGUGGAAUCAAUGGGAAAGGGGGAGAAAUUUGACUCGAGACAGAAACAAUCAUAUUCAAGAUUUAAUUAGCCAUGUCUAUGAAACUAUAAAUGAAGCUGAUUUUAUCUUUCUUUUUUUGUUGAAGUGGAUGAUCUGGCAUAGUAGGAAUAACACAAUUUUUGGCAGGAAUCAAAGGCCAAAGUAG